CUACCUAAAAGUUUUACAUUACCAAGACUGAUUUUCUCUUUCCUAUCCCAGAUUAUAUUAAAGAAUCAUAUUCCGGGAGCAAGUGUAAAGGUACAUGAUUAUAUAGAAACAUUCUAGUUGAUUAAUCCACCCAUGCCGAGUUAACUAAUAGUACUGAUCUCUUUUUUCGAAAUGAACUAACCAAAUGAUUCGAGUGCCUCAGGGAACUCUCGUUGGAACUUAGUACCUACAAAUUUUACUUGCUCAAAGAUUGAUUCUUUCAUGUGACUAGGAGGUUACGAGUUCAAGCCGUGGAAACAGCCUUCUGCAAGAUGCAACUGGAGUACCUAACAUGAAUCAAGAGAUGAAGUCUCAAGACCAAGGUCAUCAAAGUGACCGUCAAAAUGAUCCCGAGAAUCCCCGAAUUCAAGAUGCUAUUGCAGUUACUACGGAGAAUCAAGACAAGAAGUUUCCAGCUGAAGGGAAGGGAAACGGGACGUUGUUUCCAGCCAAUUAUGCCAUCAUUAUCGAGUUUCUCAAAUGUCUAAUGAAGAUUGUACUACUUGUAUUGGGUAUUGGUAAGAAUUAUUCUUGCGACAUUUCUAGAUUAGCAUGCAUACAUUUCUUAACUAUUGAGUGCAACAACCGUAAUUCUAAAAAGAAUCAGACUUACUAAUCAUUCGAACAGCAUAGUUCC